GGGACGAGAGCCGGACCGCAGCGGAAUAUUGUCAGGAUACCAGACGGAGCGAAGGCGCAGCUGAAGAAGUGGGGACAAAAGAUGAGCACUCGCCAGCGGAUUUUAGAGCAGAAGUGACUUGAGAAGCGACUACUUCGCCGCGGUGGUGAAGAGUUUACAGCUUUCAGCGCGGAAACAGCGGCCCGACAGCACCUGCCCUGAAUCAGCAGCUUGCUCGCUCUCUCUGCAGACCUGUCCUCAUGCAGCACUACGGGGUGAACGGCUACUCUCUCCACGCCAUGAACUCCCUGAGCGCCAUGUACAACCUGCACCAGCAGGCGGCGCAGCAAGCACAGCACGCACCCGACUACAGGCCCUCGGUGCACGCUCUCACUCUUGCAGAGAGACUGGCUGACAUUAUCCUCGAGGCCCGGUAUGGCUCGCAGCACAGAAAGCAGCGGCGCAGUCGGACAGCCUUCACUGCUCAGCAGCUGGAGGCUCUGGAGAAGACCUUCCAGAAGACCCACUACCCUGAUGUGGUGAUGCGUGAACGCCUGGCCAUGUGCACCAACCUGCCCGAGGCUCGUGUGCAGGUGUGGUUCAAGAACCGAAGGGCCAAGUUUCGCAAGAAGCAGCGCAGUCUCCAGAAGGAGCAGCUCCAGAAACAAAAAGAAGCAUCCGGAGCUGCUGAGAGUUCAGCAGAGGACUCUAAAACUGACCUCACUACCACCCCCGCAAUUGCUGCAGAGUCCCGCACUCCUCCUCCUCCUUCCUCCUCUUCAUCCUGUCACUCAGACCGGCUUGCUGCAACGCAGCCCCAGCCGGGAGAGAUGAGCGUGGAAGUAAACGUGACCUCCCCAGAGCCAUCGGACAGUGAGUCAACUGCAGAAGAUAAUGCUGACAAAGAGGAGGAUGAAAUGAGAGGCGAGUCCAGGCUGAAAGUCAGGGACGAGGCGCAGGGGGAAGCGGCAGCACGGGCAGAGGGAAACUCUCCAUCUUGCAGACGAUUCAGCCCCACAUCAGACUCCCCGCUGAGCUCCCCUGCCUUGCCCUCUUCCAGCAGUGUAACCAGUGGUUUGGCGCAGGGCAACUCUUACGCCUCCUCCCCACUCAGCCUCUUCCGGCUGCAGGAGCAGUUCCGGCAGCACAUGGCAGCCACCAACAACAUGGUGCACUACCCGUCCUUUGACAUGAGCACGUCGUCCUCCCUGCCCUACCUGGGCAUGAAUGUCAACAUGCCUUCCCCACUGAGCUCGCUGCCUUGCCAGUCCUACUACCAGUCGCUGUCGCAGGCCCAGCAGGUGUGGAGCAGCCCGCUGCUCCAGGCGGCGCCAGGUAGCCUCCCGGGAAGCCUCAACAGCAAGACCACCAGCAUCGAGAACCUCCGUCUGAGGGCCAAGCAGCAUGCGGCCUCGCUGGGAUUGGACACGCUCCCCAACUGAAGCCCCGGGCCACUCGGCCUAUACGUGUUUGGCCCCCGAUCCAGGGACUGUAGUGACUCCCCCCACCAGCUUCCUCAUGACCUCUCACAACCACUUUGUGUAUUCCUGCAGAAUCAGACACGAUCCAAAACAAAUCAGAAACAACUCAAAUUUACUCUGAAGAUGUCUCGCUGCUCAAAUGACUGUCAAGAUGGCAAUUCUUCACUUUAACGGCCUACAGUUUGCUCUUAUAAUUCCACUCAACCACUGAGAUUGUUUUUCUUUUUUUCAGUUUUAUUGAUUUUAAAUAAACCCAAUCCAAAACGAUAGCAGUCAGAUAAACAGUACAAAAAACAAAAUACUCAUAAACUUCCAUGAAAUACUAAAUGAUGUAUUUCAGAGGCCCCGCCAACGGAUGGAUUGUCUUCUUUGACAUCACUGCGUAUCAUCUCACGUAAGGGAGCUCAACAAAAUGUCUUUGCUGCUUAGAUGCAACAACAUACGAAGUCACCAAUGGAUUUUAUUAAUUAGAAGAAAAUCCACCUGGACUGCAGCUGUGAUUGAACAGUUCUGCUCACUGUGGACUUGGCUCCGCCUGGCCGAAAUGAAGUCAGAGAAAAAAGUCUCGAUCUGCAUCGUUAUGAGAUACUGAAAUACUCUAUAAAUGUACAAGAUCCUGUGAACAUUAACUAUGCAUGCAUGCAUCCAACCCUCUGAGGCAUUGUUUUCAACUGCCCAGCACAGUCAUCAUGAAGAUGGGAGCAGAAAUACAGGCCAGACUGGCCUCCAAUCAACAUUUUCUCUCCCUUUAUAUUUAAAAGAAAAAUAAGUUGAAGUUACAGCCCUCUGUGUAGGUUGCAAGAAUUCAUGGAAAUUUGUAAAUAAGCUUCAGUCUUCACAUCCAUCCACUUCUUGAGCAAAUCAUCAUCUCCUUUUGUGCAAAGAUUUUUAAAGGGAACAUGCAAUUUAUUUUGCUUCAAGCAAAGGACCUAAGAACAGGAAUCAAACACGCGGACGAAUCUGCAGAUGACAAAUAAAUGUGAGCCCAGUCGACAUGUUUUCAUCAACUUCAGACUGUACUCAGCUGUUCUCCUGAGCUAGCGGCUUCAUCAGAGCAACGCACAGGCUGUAUUAUAUCUCUAUGUAUUAUAUUACUGUAGAUUAAAGACUUGUAUUUCUCAAUUGUUUUAAAUGUGAGUUAUUUAUC